CGAGGUGAUCCCGCUUUUAUACUACAUUUUUGAAUCUUCUUGUGCUAUUCAACGAACUCGAUGAAUGCAACGGACUAGACCUUUACCCGACUGUCAUCCUGAGUUAUCUGUCAUAGAAUGGCCUAGUUUUCGGGAAUAUCGUGUUGAGAACUGGCGACUUGCUCGAGAUGGAAGCGGGAAUGUUGUUCGCGGUGCGACAUCAUGGGGAUGGAUCGACCUUUGUCUACCUUUGGUCAUCUCAUUCAUAUGGCCAAGAUUUCGUGACAGCACCAUGUCGUGUGCAUUCGUAGUCCUGGUACUUGGGUUUUCCACCUACUGCCGUUGUACGCAAGUUCUUCAUGGUAUAUUCAAAAAAAGUGGUUUCUGUGCAUUCCUCAUUUUUGAAACAGAAUCUGUGCUAGUGUUUCCAGCUUACGGUAUACAGCUCGAGACGCAUCGGGGAUAUCCUCUGCUAAAGCCGCUCUUCGUGUCUAGGCGAUUUAUUCACGUAUCCCUUUUAGAAGACUUCGUCAUAAAUGAAGGUUUAAGAAGAUUGAACAUUCGCUAUUAUCUGGCUGCUGUGCACGGAUCCAGCACGGACAAGAUUGCUCUAGAUGUCGCAUUUGAGAAUAUUUUACCAUACUUUCCUGUGCUCCUUGAAGUAUACCAAGGGGUGCAAGAGCUCAUGUUCUACAACCAUACGGACAAUAGGCAUACCUGCAUAUAAUAUACCAUCUAUUUUCGAGUAAAACCAAAAUUUUCACUCACGCAGCGUUCUGGGUCUG